UUGAGUUUGUUUAAAAUUUUUGUUAAUAAAUAAAUGAUUACAUCAAACGACUCUAUUCCUUUUUAAUCUCAGAUAGGGCUCAACAAUAAGUGAGUUGACGGUUAUCGCGUUGCAUCUCAUUCUGAUGUACGAAUGUAGAAAGGGACGGGUGUAUAUUGUGAUAACACUACAAAAUUUCAUAAUGGAAGCAUUCGCAUUCAGGCGCAAGGAUACAAAAGUAGGGCGCACAAAUUGGACAGGAACCGUAAAGUGAAAAGGACUCCUCGUUUUGUUUGGAUACAUUAGAGGGAGACAAUGAGUAAACUCUUCCGAUCAAAAUCAAGUGACUUCGAGAACGAGGCAUUAGAGGCACACAACGAGUACAGACGAGAGCAUGGAACUCCGCCGUUAGUUUUGAAUAAAGAAAUCAGUAAAAUAAGCCAAAAAUGGGCUGAAGAGCUAGCUAGAAAUGAUAACAUGUCAUAUAGCGUGAAUCAAACGUACGGAGAAAGCGUUUAUUGCGGUUGGUCUCCUGACCCAAAUGUAAAAAUACGAGCGAAAGAUUGCGUCGACAGAUGGUACAGCGAAAUCAAUGACUAUUCCUUUGGAAAGGAACCCGAUGUAUUAAACUGUGGACAUUUCACACAGAUCAUAUGGAGAGACACUAGAGAGCUAGGCGUGGGCAACGCUAAGAGCAAAUCUGGUAAACUCUACGUUGUCGCCAAUUACUAUCCUCCUGGCAACUUCAGUGGACAAUUCGUUAAAAACGUCCCACCAGCCGGGUUUAUGCAAUUCCGUUCCACAUCCACUUACAGUUCAACAACUUCUAGAGAGUCAAACAAUAAUUUAUCACCACCAUCACCUAAUCAUAGAAACAGUAAAAAUCUAAGUGAUUAUGCAUCAGAUUUGGUCACUAUAUUUAGAUCAACUUCAAUAUCAGACAGUAAGUUUGAAGAUGAGUUUCUGCAAGCCCACAAUGAAUAUAGAGCUAAACAUAAAGUGCCGCCACUGGAACUCAAUAAGAAAUUAUGUAAAUAUGCUGAAGAAUGGGCCAAGGCUAUAGCUAAAAAAGCCAAAGUAGAACACCGUGAUCAAAAUGAAUAUGGUGAAAACAUAUUCUACGCAUGGUCGAGCGAUCCUAACUUUACCCUAACUGGAAGAGCUCCUGUAGAUAAAUGGUACAGUGAAAUCAAAUGCCACGCGUUUGGUAAGGAGCCGAAUAAUUUAGGUUCCGGACAUUUCACCCAGGUCGUGUGGGAAGACAGCAAGGAAGUCGGCGUGGGUGUUGCUAGAACCAAGGAAGGUCAAGUUUACGUUGUAGCUAACUAUUACCCGCCUGGCAAUAUUAUAGGAAGCUUUGCGAGUAAAGUCCACCCACCUGUGAAUUAGUUUUCGUAUUUCCCAUUAUUGAAAGCCUUUUAUACAUUCCAAAGAAAUAAAUAUAAUUGUUGUUUUUACUACGUUAACAAAUCAGUAUUUUUAUAAAAAUGAUUAUUAGUUAUGCCAAUGGAAAUACAAAAAUUUAGGUUAAUAAGUUGGAACAUUAACAUAGUUUGUUUAUAACAGUUACUGCCGAUACACCUCGUGACCUACUCUUACUCUAAUUUAUACUUAUGUUAAUAAUUUUUAUACAUUUUUGAUGAACAUAAAUGCGUCUUAUAUUUUAA